CCCAGAAAGUAGAGGUCCAUCCCUCAGCUCGACUCAAACUCUACUCCACUUUCUGAUGCGAGCGGCUGAUUUCACGCGUCGCAAAAAUGCUCAGUGUUUGUAGGGCUUUCGCCAUAGUUUUCGCCGUCACACUCGGUAUUGUAGCCGUAGAGGCGCAGACGUCGGCUCCCUCUCCGCCUCCAAUUCCUUGUGCCCAGAGAUCCAACACCACCUGCGAUGACUGCCUGAAGAAUGUGACAUGUCUGUGGUGCAUAGCGACCAAACAAUGCAUCGACUACCCUGUGAGGAACAUCCUGCCCCCCCACAGCGUGUGUCCAUUAAAUGAAGCAAGAUGGGGGCUGUGCUGGGUAAACUUCCAGAUCCUGAUUAUUACCAUGUCCGUGCUGGCUGGCGUCAUCAUCAUCGCCGUCUUUGUUUGCUGCUUCUGCUGCUGCAAGUGUGAGAGAACUGGGAACAAGAGAGAGGACGCAAGGAUGGAGCGACAAGCCCGCGACAGGAGGGUCCGUCAGGAAGAGAGGAGAACAGAGAUGAAACACAGACAUGACCAGAUCAGGCAGAAAUAUGGUCUGACAAAGGGUACUCCGUACUCCCGUAUGGAAGAUAAGUAAGAAGAAUCCUAGGGGCAAUUUUUAAAUCCCUUUUGAUGAUCUUAUUAGCACCAGUAACAUCAACACAGCUUAUCUCAGUAGGGGUAGGCUGUAAAAGUAGCAUGUGAUAAACUGUGAUCUGUUUCGAUUUUAAUGUGUAUUUGUUAGCCAAAGAAUGUCAACAAGAGAGUUGGAAAUCAGUGUGUACACUAUUGUAAACAUGUCCUGUAUCUUGCCUAAUGAUUCAUUUUGUACGUGCCACUCUGUGAUUAUCAUGUUAGUUUCAUUUUUCUCAUCCAGUACAUAUUGAUGUGAAACAUUUUAGAAGAUUCUUUUAAGAUAGCUACUCAUUUAUUUGCUUUAAACGCGAUACAUGAUUGUAUUAAUGCAGCAACAUAGUUUUUUUCUUAUUUACACUGGAGCCCAGAUGCAAAUCAAGCCUUUCAGAAGAUAUUGUGACAUUGCAUUGGCAAAUUGCUUUGAUUAAUUUGCAUAACAAUUGAUAUCUUAACUAUCUCAUUUUCCCCAGAGUAUUAAAGUGUUUGCACUGUGCUUAUUUUAAAAUGAUCCAUUUACUUCUCAAACCCUUUUGCCGACAGACAUCAUGUGUUAUGCUUAACAAUAUUGUUUUAUCAGUGCUUCUGUUGAAACAUUUACACUUGUGUUUUACAACUUUUGUACCAUUUAAACUGUUGAUAAAUGUCUGAAUUAAAUUUUGUUUCAUGUGUUGAUACCCUCCCUCCCCGUUUGUAAACAUUUGCUUCCUUGAAAAUGCAAUUCAUGCAUUUGAUCAUUGUGCAGAUACAUUAUCAGAGGUAGCUUGUAAACCUAGUUGUGUUUCCUUUAAAUGCAAUUAAUGAAACUGACUUGAUGCUUGUGCUAGUUUUAUUGUAUUAAGUGCAAAUAAAAAGAUUUGUCUUGUUUGUUA